AUGGACGCACAAAAUUACAAGUCCGAUCACGCCUCGUCGGAAGACAUGGAGACACAUGAAAAAGAAGCUUUUGACCAGCUGAUCUACCCGGCGGACAGCUACACGGCUGAGGGCACCUACUGGGCUGACCUACCCUUCGGGAGCCGCAUCAGCUGGUGUAUCAGCCAGGAUGGUGCCGAGCUCAACAAGGAACUAGCCUGGCUCUGGGGUAUGUUCAAAGCCGACCCACUGUCGCCCAUUAGCUACUACUUCAAGAACUUCCUUCUCCCUGGUGCUGGUCUGGGUCUGGAGGGUUACGUCCUCUUCUCCAUCAGUAACGUCAAAUCCAUUUUCAAGGAGUCACAGUCAUUUGCUAGUUGUUGGAGUGGUGACACCUGCGAUCCCAACUGGAUCGCCGCAGCUAGCUACCUUGAAGUUGUUGGUAUCCUACUCGGUCAGCUUAUCGUUGGUUACCUUGGUGACAGGAUUGGCCGUCGCUUUGGUCUCAUUCAAGAUGCCGUUAUAAUGUUCACUGGCCUCCUUAUGCUCACUGCUGCCUGGGGUGUCACUCUGAAUGGCUGGGUCAUUUGCUACGCUCUCUCCCUCCUUUUCUACAGCUUUGGUGUUGGUGGUGAGUAUCCGAUGACUGCCACUAUCGGUAUGGAGAAGGGGUACUCGACUGGCCGGGUCAUCACCAAUGAGGACCGUCUGCACCGUGGUCGCUCAGUGGUCGGCGCGUUCCUGAUGCAGGGUUGGGGUCAGCUCUUGAACCAGGUUAUCCUCAUCCUCUUGUUGCUCAUCUUCAACCAUGGGGAUGGCAGCGAAUCGAAAAUCUCGGACACCACCACUCAGUGGACUUACCGUGUGUCAUUUGCUAUCCCGGCCGUUCUCACUCUCUGGCUUAUUUACUACCGUACCUACCAUAUGAGGGCUGCGAGCAAGCAGCUGAAUGCCCAAAAGAAGAAAGCCUCCGUGACUGGUUAUGACGUGGAGUCGCUGAAGCUCACCUUCCAGUACUUCGGCCCUCGUGUGCUCGCUACCGCAGGUGGCUGGUUCGCCAACGAUGUCUUCUUCUACGGAAACAAGCUCUACUCGAGCAAUUUCCUUAAAGUCAUCUACCCCAACACCUCGGGUGUCAUGACUACCUGGCUCUGGAACUUGGUUAACAUUGCUGUUGAGAUGGCUGGUUAUUACUGUGCCAUGUGGUUCGUCGACAACAAGCUUUACGGCCGCAAAUGGAUGCAGAUAAUCGGCUUUUUGGUGUGCUUUGUCUGCUUCGUGAUCCCGGCCUUUGGCUACAACCACUACACAGAGCCUGCCCAUAUACACUCAUUCCAGGCUAUGUACUUUAUCACCACUUUCUUCAACCAAUUCGGUCCCAACUGUAUCACUUUCCUGGUGGCCGCCGAGGUCUUCCCGACCCCCAUUCGUGGUACUGCCCACGGAAUCUCUGCUGCAUCGGGUAAGCUUGGCGCUCUGGCCAUUUCUAUCAUCGGCGCCUACACCACUACCGAACAACAGUUCUACAUCGUGCCGUGGUUCGGUUUGGUUGGGGCUCUGUUGACGCUACUAUUCCUUCCCGACACCACCGGCCUGGACCUUCGUGAACAGGAGCGCCAUUGGCAGUACGUCCGUGAGCGCCGUGAGCACGAAUAUCACGGUACUGCCGUGCACCCGCGUCACCUGUCUUUGUGGGAGAACAUGACUGGCAAGGGAAAACACUACGACCCUAAGCGGGACUACCAGAUGAAGAUUAAGGAGUUCCGCGCAGAGUGGGCGGCUGCUAUGGCCACCCACAGCGAGGAGAAGGAGGCCAUUUUUAACCUGGACGAGGUCGACGACACCAUCCUCCACGGCGCUGUGCAUGUUUAUUUUGAGCGCACCACUCCUGAGUUCCGCGGCAAGGAGGCUAGCGGCACCCAGGAGCCUAUGGUCCUGCCGCCACCUGUCUUUAACGAGCAGACCCUCGGCAAGGAGUGA